CCUUCCCCGCACCCCACACCUUAAAUAAUAUAAAACUAAAUACUCUUUUCUCGUUCUCGCCUUUCUCACGCCCACCCGCGCCCUUCUCGCCCACUUCGAUUUCGGUGGCUUCCGUCGCCCCGAGAGUGGGAUUCUUCCAGCCAAAUCCGCCUGCACCUCGGCCAGGUUUUGAUCCGAGCAUGGCUAACAGGCACACAAUUAUUCUAAUGCAGACAUCUCAAAACAGGGCAACUAGAACGUUUAUGGAUUAUAAUUCGAUUAGUCAAGCUAUGGAUGGAAUCUGUGGCUUGUAUGAGAGGAAACUGAAGGAUCUUAAUCCAACAAUUGGAAAUAUCACUUAUGACAUCACCGAUCUUUACAACUUCAUAGAUGGGCUAACCGAUCUUAGUGCAUUGGUGUAUGAACACUCAAUUCAAGCUUUUCUUCCAUACGACCGACAGUGGAUAAAACAACGAAUAUUCCAACACCUGAAGAAAUUGGCUUCCCGUUAAAUAUCUUUGUGGAUAUUAUAUAACAUAAAAAAAACAUGAAGAGGGUAUGGAUGUUAAGAAUUGUUACAAAAGAAGAUAUCUGUAUUGUGUGUAAGUUUUGUUAAUCUAAAGUGCUUGCUCCUGGUGAUCAGGUCCCCCAGUUGGGUUCUGAUUACCUGUUGACAUAAGCUUAUUAAGGAGGGCAGAUGUUCGAUGGUUACCACA